AAAAGGAAGGAAGUGUUAUGUAAACAGUUUAAUCUUGAUGAAGAAAACUAUGACUCCAUCUCCGCCCCAGAUCACACCCACUCUGCCUUCUACAGCCUCAAAGGGCCAACAAGCAAGUUAUCACACAGACAGACAGAGUCCCGAUCAAGAAGUGUCCCAAACUGAUUCACAACGUGGCGAGGAUUUAAAGGAAACUGUUGCUCAAAACAGCAGAUGAUUGUAAGGAGCAUUUGACAGGAAAGGAGUCUAUGGAGAACAUUCCCUAUGUCCCCUCACUGGCUCUCCACAGCUUCUCUAUGGACAUGGAUGGAGCGCACUACAGGGAUGCUCUCCGGGUUGGACUUCCCUUUCACCUAGACGCAGCAUACCUCGACAGUGUGCACAGCCAGAGGUUACCCUACAGACAAUUGUCAUAUUUCCCUUUUCACGGAACUCUCGGUGUGUGUGAAUAUACCUUCGAGCCCGCGUUCAUUCGGAAAAGGAACGAAAGGGAGCGACACAGGGUGCGCUGCGUAAACGAAGGUUACGCGCGGCUCAGAGAGCAUCUGCCGCACGAGUUCGAGGACAAACGGCUCAGCAAAGUGGAGACACUGCGUGCGGCUGUUGACUACAUCAAACACCUGCAGAGUCUGCUGGACGUAAACGUGUCCGGGAUGGAGUUGCCACCUGGAGGCGCGCGUAACUGCGCACAGCAGAGGACAGAGUUCAGCAGUGUUUGAAAAUCCAAAGUUGGCCUGCAGGGUCAACGGGGGAAAAGACAGACUCUCUCUCUCUCUCUCUCUCUCUCUCUCUCUCUCUCUCUCUCUCUCUGUGUGUCUCUCUUUCUUUCUAUGUGGUCGGUUGUAAUUAAUUUGUGAAGACAGUAAAA